GGGUUUUGAAAAAAAAGAAGAAGUUACUUUUAGAGACAAAAAAAUACGUAAUAGCAAUUUAUUGAGGGUGGGAGAGAGGACCAUCCUUCACCAGAUCCAAGGAAUUAUAUCGUGCGUAUAUUCUCUGGAAGGGAGAAAGUGAGAAGAUGAGUGGCAAAGGGAAACUUAUCAAUGGCGGCGGCGGCGGAGUUGGGAUUAUACCCGCGGGGUCUCGGAAGAUGGUGGAGAGUUUGAAGGAGGUAGUGAACAACUAUCCAGAUUCUGAGAUCUAUGCUGUUCUCAAAGAGUGUAAUAUGGACCCCAAUGAAGCCGUCAAUAGGCUUCUCUCUCAAGAUCCUUUUCAUGAGGUGAAAAACAAACGGGAGAAGAGAAAAGAGAAUAAGGAUUUUACUGACUCUAGGCCACGUAGUGGUAGUAGUUCACUCCGUGGAGGCAGGGGUGGUGCAGAUCGGUUUGUUGGGCGUGGUUGCUCAGAGUCUACAUUGCAUGCAAAAUAUACUUCUGCUUCUAAGAAGGACAAUGUGCCUAGUACAACAUUAGCUACUGGGUAUGCUGGGAGCAACAUACAUUGGCAACCUACAGCCACCAGUAAUGUCCUUGGUAGUGAAAACAAAAACUCAUUGGCUGUUUCAACUGAUCAUAUUUCAUCAGCCCUACAUCCUUCUACUGGACAUCAAACUUCUUGGGUGAGUGUUCCGGGUCAAGUAUCUAUGGCUGAUAUCGUUAAGAUGGGCAGGCCCCCCCACUAAACAAAAUGUCAAUUUUAACCAUGAUCAUGGACAUUCCUACCAUGCGGCACAUCAUUUUUGUAAUGAUCAUGCUUCUAGAAAUUCUGAAAUACACUUGGACUCGGGGGCAUGCUCUAUUCAACAUGAUUCAAAUAAUAGCGACGAGUGGCCCUUAAUUGAGCAGCCACCGGCUUCUAUUUCACAUCAUAACUCAGAGGCUGCUGUAGAACCUCAACCAUAUCCUGUCUCUUCUAAUGUGGGCUUUGAUAGAAGUAACGAACAUUUCCAAGUAGAUGAGAUUCAGGAAAUAGAAGAUCAUGGCUUAAACAUCGGUACCAGACAUAUGCCAUCAUCUGGUCCUAUUCCUGACAGAAUGUCGGAAGACAGUACUGGACUUCAGUCACAGCAAGACAAUGACAGUGACACCUAUGGACACAAUGAUCAUAAUAGUUCUUUAGUGGUGCAGGAAUUUCAAGAUGUAAAUGCUACAGUUUCAUUGGCUGCUGAAAACAUGCAACAACUGACUUUACACAAGGAUCACGCUCCAUCUGAAGAGGAGGGGCCUUCUGUUGUUAUUCCGGACCACCUACAAGUUCAAAUUGCAGAUUGUUCACAUCUGAGUUUUGGUAGUUUCAGGCCUGGAAUGAAUGCCACUCUUUCUGGUCACUCAACAUCUUCUCUGUCUAAAAAUCAUGUGGAGGAGGUGGUCGAAAAUGCAGAAGAUUCAUCAAUGGGGCAAUUGCCGACAAGAAAUUCUGAAUUCUAUGGUGGCGAGAUAAAUGCACAGGAUAGAAAUUUGUUUCAUAGGACUGGGAAUUACAACUCAUCUGCUGAUUCACAACCUGAUUCAUUGAGUGUGGAAACAGGUGAAGUUUCCCAUGCGAAUCAGUACAACAUUCCCUCCUCAGAACCUGGCUAUAAAUACGAGAAAGCUCAACAUUUGACAAGCUCACAGCAGGUCCAGAGCCUAGCUUCUUUCAAUGCAAUGGGAUACACAAAUUCGUUACCAAGCAAUUUGUUGGCAGCUAAUGCUCACGCUUUUAGGGAGUCUGAAAUUUCAUACUCAAUAUUUCCCACACACACAAUGCCCCCAAAGUGUGGCAACUCAGUUUCUUCUGUUGGUGGUCAGUCUCUUUCUAUGCCAGAGGCUAUGAAAACAGUUGGCUCAUCAAUAUCCAUGCCAGAGGGAUUAAAAAAUGUCGGUAUGUCAUCAGCACAUCCACCUAGUCAGCAGAACCCUAAUGGGAGUGGUCUCACAGGACCAGCUUUACCACAACACCUCAAUUUACAUCCAUAUUCGCAACACACGCUUCCUGCAUUGAGUCCCUAUGGCAACAUGAUUGGCUAUCCUCCUUUUCUGCCUCAAGGUUAUACAUACAUGCCCUCUGCUUUCCAACAAGCAUUUGCGGGUAGCAGUGCUUACCAUCAACCGUUGGCUGCAAUGCACCCUCAAUACAAGAGCAGUGGUGUAUCAGUUAGCAGUUUGCCUCCCCAAUCUGGUGGUGGCAUUCCUUCUGGCUAUGGUUCAUUUGGGAAUACAAAUGCAGUUUCCGGUAACUUUGAAAUGAAUACCCCUGCCGGAGCUCCGUCAGUUACUUCCUUGGGCUACGAUGAUUCACCAAUUCCUCAGUACAAGGACAACAAUCUUCUAAUGUCUCUUCAGCAGGGAGAGAACAAUCCUGCUACAUGGCUACAUGGACCUAAUUCAAGAACAAUGUCAUCUUUUCCCACCGCCAGUAAUUAUUACAGUUAUCAGAUACAGCAGCACCAGCAACCUGGUGGGUUCAGACAAGCUGAACAGCAACCUGGUGGGUUCAGACAAGCUGAACAGCAACCACCCCCACAGAAUUAUGGAUCUUUGGGCCACCAGAACUUCUACCAUUCACAUACAGGUGGAAUAUCAAUAGACCAUCAGCAGCAGAAACAAAACCCCAGAGAUGGUUCAUUAACUGGUGGGGCCCAAGGGCAUCAGCCUACACAGUCCCCUCAACAGAUGUGGCAAAACAACUACUAAUUUCACAGCCCUCAUGGUUUUCAGGCUGGGUCUUGUAAUGAGUGUGAAAGCGACCUUUCAAGCUAACCAGUUGCCCUUCGGCAAUGAUUUCAUUGAGCUCUUAUAUCCUGUCCCAAAGGACCUGACUGGUUACUGGCUUACUACCCUAUUCCUAGAGAGGUUGUGCUUACAUGUUCAUUCAUUGGUUAGUGUAACGUAGGGCAUAAAACUGUUUUCUUUAUGUUUUUAGCUUUUUUACUUUAUUAUAAGAAAUUCCCAUGUUAUAGGCUUAUAGCCAUCAUUCUCUCAUUUGGGAAUUAUGGCCUGGUUUUCCUGAUUGUACGAACCCGUGUGCUCGCAUUAUGGUUGCUAACCAAUUUUAAUUCCUCUCAUUUUUGCCAUCUGAAGAGAGAGAGAUCCUUA